UGUGGCCUGCGGUUGAGUAGUUUGACGCAGCUGCGAUAAAAACGCGGAGUGUCAUCUGAAAAAAAAGGAUUCACUAACUUAGCCGCUUCUUGUUCACUUCGGGACGUUCACUCAACAGCUAUCAUGAUUCGAGAAGUGCAAAACUUGGCCGAGUUUAAAGCCAUCCUGGCGGAAGCUGGAGACAAGCUGGUAGUGGUGGACUUCACAGCCACCUGGUGUGGCCCUUGUAAACAGAUUGGCCCAGAAUUUCAAAAAGAGUCAGAAAAAGGAGAGAACAAGAAUGUGAUUUUCUUGAAGGUGGACGUGGAUGAGGCUGAGGAUGUGAGUGCAGAUUGCAAGAUUAGCUGCAUGCCUACAUUCAUGUUCUUCAAAAAUGGACAAAAGGUGGACGAGUUCUCCGGUGCUAAUAAAGAUACACUGGUUCAGAAACUGCAAGCUUUGAGAACAUAAAGUCCCACCGACCAAUCCACACACACACACACCCUCGUUGAAUAAACCACAGUAGUCCCUGUUGUCCUUUGUACAUGCCUGAGAAAUUCCAGUUUGACGUCAUGUACAAUACCCAUCAUGUCUUCUAUUCCACACAGACGACAAUUGGUGACACAUUCUAGUCCUGUCAAUUUGGUGUAUGUAUUUACUGUCUUAUCUGAAAUUUGAUUAAAACCUGAUGAAACCGGAGGAACACUUUUAAUUCUGUUUUUAUAUGAGACUGGCUUUGCUCCUGACUUUCUUUGUCGUGUUCGAGGUGGAUUUAAUAAAAGGUGAAUUACA